AGCUAAGCCAGGAGAGGAGGAAAAAUAGGCUGGUAGUCUCAGGAACAAACUGCUCUCACAUUUCCACUAGCUCAGCUUCCAAAGCUCUCCAGGCCUUAGGGGGGCUGAUCUACCCUCCUAGCUCCCUCUCCCCUUUGGGACUCACCACCCUGCCUGACCGGAGGACAUCCAGGGGACACUCACUCAGCCUCACCCAGGACCUAGGAUUUCAGCUCACUGCAACUGUAUCCUCCUCAGAGGACUCCUGAGCCUGCAGCGUGACCCACCCUCCCUACUUCUGUCUAACGAAGAGAGAGGUAGUUCUCCAUCUUUCUGUACAUCAGUCUCAGGACCACCAGAGCUCCCACUUUUAGGCCUUAUCUCCCAUAGACUGUCUCUGCAGAGAGACAGGAGAACACCCCAAAGACAGAGACAGGAGGAUUUAGAGGAGUGCUAUUUAAUUGACACAGUUGUGAGACAGUGUGUCUGUGUUUUUCUGAUAACGACUGUGGCAGUGAAUAGACACAGGCCACUCAUGUAAGCAGUGUGUUAGAGAAAGAACACACUCUGGGGAAGUCUGUUCUAGUGGCGUUGGGUGUGCAGGUGUCCGUAAUAUGCCAGGUGUGUGUGAAUGAGGCAUUGUAAUUGUAAGGCAUUUGAUGUGCAUGUGAGACUUGAUAGAGGCCUCAAGUGUGUCAGAGGCAUUGGUUGUGUAUGUGUGUGAGAGGUAAGUCAGGUUGUGUGUAUGAGUGUGUGUGUGUGUGUGUGUGUGAAAGGGGUCAGUCAGGUGUGUGUGUGUGAAAGGAGUCAGUCAGGUCUGUGUGUGUGUGUGUGUGUGUGUGUGUGUGUGUGUGUGUGUGAAAGGAGUCAGUCAGGUCUGUGUGUGUAAGGAGUCAGUCAGGUCUGUGUGUGUGUGUGAAAGGAGUCAGUCAGGUCUGUGUAUGUGUGUGAAAGGAGUCAGUCAGGUCUGUGUGUGUGUGUGUGAAAGGAGUCAGUCAGGUCUGUGUGUGUGUGUGUGAAAGGGGUCAGUCAGGUCUGUGUGUGAGAGACGACGACCGUGGAGGCCUUAGCCCUGGAUUUCUCAGAGAUGGAGGGUCAAGGCUACGACCAGUUUGGUGAGCUUGAGCAAGACACCUACCAGAUCGACUACCGUCGUAUAGUUGGUGACACUGAGCCUGCCAUGCCGCGCCUCUCGCCCCGUGAAGGGGAACACACACACCCCAACUCCAACCCUCGUGGAGCCUACACGCACACCAACCCUCACGGCCACGGGCACGAGACGGCCGCGCAGAGAUACAAUGCCACACGCAUCCAAGCCGGAUACGAACCUGAAAGCAUGGCCGACUACCUGAUCAGUGGAGGGACAGGGUACGUGCCUGAAGAUGGACUGACGGCUCAGCAGCUCUUCUCUAUCGGGGAUGGACUCACAUACAAUGAUUUCCUGAUUCUGCCUGGUUUCAUAGACUUUAUUUCUGAUGAAGUGGACCUGACCUCAGCUCUGACCAGGAAGAUCACCCUGAAGACUCCUAUCAUCUCAUCUCCCAUGGAUACAGUCACUGAGUCCUCCAUGGCCAUUGCUAUGGCUCUCAUGGGCGGGAUCGGGAUCAUGCACCAUAAUUGUACUCCAGAGUUCCAGGCCAACGAGGUCCGCUUGGUUAAGAAAUUUGAGCAGGGUUUCAUCACAGACCCCGUGGUGAUGAGUCCUCGCCACACAGUGGGAGACGUAUUCGAAGCCAAGGUCCGCCACGGCUUCUCUGGCAUCCCUGUCACCGAGACGGGCAAGAUGGGCAGCAAGCUGGUGGGCAUCGUCACCUCCCGAGACAUUGACUUCCUCUCAGAGAAAGACCAUGACAGACCCCUGGAAGAGGCUAUGACAAAGAGGGAAGAUUUAGUGGUUGCACCAGCUGGCGUCACACUGAAAGAGGCCAACGACAUCCUGCAGCGCAGCAAGAAAGGUAAACUGCCCAUAGUGAAUGACAGUGAUGAGCUAGUUGCCAUAAUCGCCAGGACAGACUUGAAGAAGAACCGAGACUACCCACUUGCCUCUAAAGACUCCAGGAAACAGCUGCUGUGUGGAGCGGCCAUCGGAACCAGAGAGGAGGACAAAUGCAGACUGGACCUGCUGAUGCAGGCUGGGGUUGACGUGGUAGUGCUGGACUCCUCCCAGGGGAACUCUGUCUAUCAGAUCAACAUGAUCAACUACAUCAAACAGAAAUACCCUGAACUACAGGUGGUGGGAGGAAACGUGGUGACUGCAGCCCAGGCUAAGAAUCUGAUCGAUGCGGGUGUGGACGCUCUGAGAGUGGGGAUGGGCUGCGGCUCCAUCUGCAUCACCCAGGAAGUGAUGGCGUGUGGGCGUCCCCAGGGCACAUCAGUGUACAAGGUGGCAGAGUACGCCAGGCGCUUCGGUGUGCCCGUCAUUGCAGACGGAGGCAUCCAGACCGUUGGACAUGUGGUAAAAGCUCUUGCUCUUGGGGCAUCCACAGUUAUGAUGGGGUCAUUGCUCGCAGCAACCACAGAGGCCCCGGGGGAGUAUUUCUUCUCAGAUGGCGUGCGGCUGAAGAAGUACCGCGGGAUGGGCUCCCUGGACGCCAUGGAGAAGAACAGCAGCAGCCAGAAACGCUACUUCAGUGAGGGGGACAAGGUGAAGGUGGCUCAGGGUGUGUCAGGGUCGGUUCAGGAUAAAGGUUCUAUCCAUAAGUUUGCCCCCUACCUCAUCGCUGGCAUACAACAUGGCUGCCAAGACAUCGGAGCCAAGAGCCUCUGCAUACUGCGGUCCAUGAUGUACUCUGGGGAGCUGAAGUUUGAGAAGAGGACCAUGUCAGCUCAGGUUGAGGGGGGAGUACACGGGCUCCACUCAUAUUCUUUUGUGCCAUUUAUGAGAAGCGGCUAUACUGAGGGAGGAGGGAGAGUGAGCUCACGAACAGCACCCAGUGUACCCUCACCAGCAGCCACCAGGCACAAUGGAUACAUGUGACCUACCUACAACCACUACUCAACCUCCACCCAUGUUACCACAUCUGACCUACCUACAACCACUACUCAACCUCCACCCAUGUUACCACAUCUGACCUACCUACAACCACUACUCAACCUCCACCCAAGUUACCACAUCUGACCUACCUACAACCACUACUCAACCUCCACCCAUGUUACCACAUCUGACCUACCUACAACCACUACUCAACCUCCACCCAAGUUACCACACCUGACCUACCUACAACCAUUACUCAACCUCCACCCAUGUUACCACAUCUGACCUACCUACAACCACUACUCAACCUCCACCCAAGUUACCACAUCUGACCUACCUACAACCAUUACUCAACCUCCACCCAUGUUACCACAUCUGACCUACCUACAACCACUACUCAACCUCCACCCAAGUUACCACAUCUGACCUAACCAUAGCUACUACUCAGUUCAACCAUUACUUUGGCUAUACAAGGGAAGACCCCUGGACUCAACCCCUCUUGUCUACCUCUACCUACUCUUUCUCUGUGUUGUGUAAGAUGCUUUUGAGAGAUCAAAGAGUCACCUCUGACCUAUGACUUAAUUGAUGUUAUGACAUAAACCACAGGGACUAGGGACUAAGCUUCAAUGGUCAGAUGUAUUGGCUUAAGGCACAGAGCCAUCGGGCUGUAUAAAUCAAAUCAAAUUGUAUUAGUCACAUGCGCCAAAUACAACAGUAGACCUUACAGUGAAAUGCUUACAUGCGAGCCCCUAACCAACAGUACAGUUUCAAAAAGUACGGAUAAGAGAUAAAAGUAACAAGUGAUUAAAGAGCAGCAUUAAAAAUAACAUUAUAUACAGGGGGGUGUCGGUACAGAGUCAAUGUGCGGGAGCACCGGUUAGUUGAGGUAGUAUGUACAUGUAGGUAGAGUUAAUUAAAGUGACUAUGCAUAGAUGACAACAGAGUGUGGAAGGGGGGGGGGGGGGGGUGGAAUGCAAAUAGUCUGGGUUGCCAUUUGACUAGAUGUUCAGGAGUCUUCUGGCUUGGGGGUAGAAGCUGUUUAGAAGCCUCUUGGACCUAGACUUGGCGCUCCGGUACUGCUUGCCGUGUGGUAGCAGAGAGGACAGUCUAUGACUGGGGUGGCUGGAGUCUUUGAUGAUUUUUUUAUAUGUACGUAGCUAAUGUAGAACUGUGACUACUGUGUCCUGGGAGAGACUGUUUGAACAUAAUAAUCCUUGUUUGAUGUACCCUUUAACUCUUUAAACUAGUUCUGGUUGAUCAUGGUCCUAGGUCUCAGAUGUGUAUGGAGCACAGUUGGCACCUUGAUUGGGGAGGACGGCCUCUUGGUAAUGGCUGGAGCGGAAUGGUAUCAAAUACACCAAGCAUGGUUUCCAUGUGUUUGAUUCCAUUCGCUAUGUUCCAGUCAUUAUUAUGAGCAGUCCUACCCUCAGCAGCCUCCACUGGUUUGGAGGUACAGUAGUGUUUUUUACUGUAUGGAAUAGCCUAGAGGUCUGUCUGUGUGGCUCUACUGUAGAGAGGACCAAAACUAGGAUAAGCUAUAAGGUAAGCGCUAGCCUUAAAUCAGGGAUAACCACAGCGCCUUAAGACUGCACAUGGAGGCUAUACCAGUGUUGUAGUACUAGAGUCCGGGGGCCUCAUUUUAUCAAAUAUGUGGGUAAACCAUGUGUGGGAUCAUUUCCAUGCACAGUGUGAGAUUUAUCACUAUGAACUUUGCUUGAGAGUGUGCAUACAUUUAUGCACAGCCAUAACAAUGCAUAGGCACAGUGCAAAGUGGCGGAAUAAGGGAACUGCUUGUCAAGUAUAGAAUGGGGAAAAUAUUCUGUAUGUUGAAAAUGUGUGAAAUUGUGUGUUGAGUAAAAAUGUAAUCAUUCUUCGAUUUAAUUGUAUUCCAUUGUGAAUCUUUAUUUGUACAAUUUUCUACAUUGUAGAAUAACAGUAAAGACAUCAAAACUAUGAAAUAACACAUAUGGAAUCAUGUAGUAAGCAAAAAAGCGUUAAACAAAUCAAAAUAUAUUUUAUAUUCUUCAAAGUAGCCACCCUUUGCACUGAUGACAGCUUUGCACACUCUUGGCAUUCUCUCAACCAGCUUCAUGAGGUAGUCACCUGGAAUGAAUUUCAAUUAACGGGUGGGCCUUGUUAAUUUGUGUAAUUUCUUUCCUUAAUGCGUUUGAGACAGUCUGUUGUGUUGUGACAAGGUAGGGGUGGUAUACAGAAGAUAUCCCUAUUUGGUAAAAGACCAAGUACAUAGUAGGGCAAGAACAGCUAAAAUAACAAAGGGAAACAGCCUUUCAUUACUUUAAGACAUGAUGGUCUGUCAAUACGGAAAAUUGGGCAAUCGCAAAAACCAUCAAGCACUAUGAUGAAACUGGAUUUCAUGAGGACCGCCACAGGAAAGGAAGACCUCUGCUGCAGUUACCUCUGCAGAAGAGAUAAGGACAAGUUCAUUAGAGUUAACUGCAACUCAGAUUGCAGCCCAAAUCAAUGCUUCACAGAGCUCAAGUAACAGACACAUCUCAACAUCAACUGUUCAGAGGAAACUGCGUGAAUCAGGUCAUCAUGGUCAAAUUGCUGCAAAGAAAUCACUACUAAAGGACCCCAAUAUGAAGAAGAGACUUGCUUGGGCCAAGAAACACGAGCAAUGCACAUUAGCCCGGUGGAAAUCUGUCCUUUGGUCUGAUGAGUCCAAAUGUGAGAUGUUUGCUUCCAACCGCUGUGUCUUUGUGAGACACAGAGUAGGUGAACGGAUGAUCUCCAAGUGUGUGGUUCCCACCGUGAAGCAUGGAGGAGGUGGUGUGGGUUGCUUUGCUGGUUACACCGAUUUUUUUUUUUUUGACCAAUAUGGAUACCACAUUCUGCAAUGAUACGCCAUCCCAUCUGGUUUGGACUUAGUGGGACUAUCAUUUGUUUUUCAACAGGACAAUGACCCAAACACACCUCCAGGCUGUGUAAAGGCUAUUAGAUCAAGGAGAGUGAUGGAGUGAUGCAUCAGAUGACCUGGCCUCCACAAUCACCAACCUCAAACAAAUUGAGAUGGUUUGGGAUGAGUUGGACAGCAGAGUGAAGGAAAAGCAGCCAACAAGUGCUCAGCAUAUGUGGGAACUCCUUCAAGACUAUUGGAAAAGCAUUCCUCAUGAUGCUGGUUGAGAGAAUGCCAAGAGUGUGCAAAGCUGUCAUCAGUGCAAAGGGUGGCGACUUUGGAGAAUAUAAAUUGUUUUUGAUUAGUUUUACAUUUUGGGUUGCUUAUGUGAUUCCAUAUGUGUUAUUUCAUAGUUUUGAUGUCUUCACUCUUAUUGAACAAUGUAGAAAAUAGUCAAAAUAAAGAAAAACCCUUGAAUGAGUAGGUGUGUCCAAACUUUUGACUGGUACUGUAUAAUUGGACCAUGUCAGAACAUCUGUUUAUGAUAAUAAUUCAUAUAAAGUAGGCUACAGUCAUUUGUUAAAUUAGAGGUGCAGGUGAAAUACUAUAAAAGACAGAUGGGAAAUCAAACGAGAGUUAGCUGAGCUUGCUCUUUCGGCACACGCUGCAUUUUGCAGAGAGUGCAUUUUUAGAGAUCGGUGGGACUUUUUUGCAGAAAGUACAGAUUGGCUCAUCAGAUAUCGUUUCCCAAAACCAAUCUUAUUCGAUUUUUAUUUAAGACCUGCUUUAGAAAGGCACUCACACAUGCUAUUCCGGUGCACAUGCAAGUGCUAUCCACCCUCUGGUUUUUGCCAACGGGAACUUUUCAAGGUGAGCUUGCCGAUUGGCAUCUCACAGCCCUUGAUGAGCCUAUGUUUUGGAUGCAGUCAUCAGCAAAACGAUAAAAUGUCCAUACACCAUCGCACAACAGGUUGAAGUCAAUAGGGGUUUCUUUGCCAUCAGCGUUCCCAAAUAUGAACGGAGUAAUGGAUGGCCCCCACAUCGCCAUAAAAGAACCAUCCCAAAAUGAGUUAAACUAUGCAGCCUCAGCCAGCAGGUG